AUGCAGCGUGAGUUUCUCCUGUUCGAAGGAUUUAAUAUGCCCACCCCAAUUGUUCUUUGUGGCCGGCUGGAGAAAGUGGGUCGCAUUGUGAUCUCAGAGCUAGAACCUGACUAUGAAGGGGAAUUAGUAACACAUUUCAUCAUGAGCGUCGAGGAUGGUAUACGCGACCUUCCUCUUAUCCUGUCCGGUUCCAGCCCGGUCAAUGACAAAGGCAGUCUGGGCUCGAAAAACUACUCGGCUCUUCCCAAGGCUAUCGUUCUAGGAGGCGGAUACGACGAGGAAGCUAUCACUCGACUCCACGAGGCUGUUACCAGCUCGCCAGUAACAGUAAAGAUGCCUUGGUUGAAAGCGGAUCUCAACAAGACGAAGGCAGGCCCUACUCCAGGUUCAGAGGAGUACUGCAGGGCGGCGGCUUCUCGAAUGAAACAUACACUUGGAACUAUACUGGAGAGAGAAAAUCUUGAACCAGGAGAGAUGUUCUACUGGUAA